AUGUCGCCGCACAAGCUCCCCAACCAGGAUGGUAAGCGGCAUUGGAUGAUGGGCACUGAAGCCUUUGAAAGGACCAUGCCUCAUCACCAGGGUAUCAAGGCCCUUUGGGAGACGAAGUGGAAGUUUCCUUGUACCAAGGGCGUCUACCCGUUCCACGACGGCCAGUACGAGGACUUUGAACCCAUUUUCGAGCACCUCAUAAAUAACAACAUUAACGACGGGACCUCUGCAGCUUACACAGAGGCCUUCUUCCCCAUCGCCGAGUCUCUGACCGCCAUGGGCGACAAAGCUGUCAGUGCGGGAAGCAAGAAGGAGGCGAGCGACUUGUACCUCCGAGCCUGCACGGUCUACCGUAUCGCCAGAUUUCCAUACAUCACGGCCUACCCUGAGGUCAGCUGUCCCGUCAAGUGGAAGGCGUGGGAGGCCCAAAAGCAGACCUAUAUGAAGGCGGCCCAGUCCUGGGACUGUCCCAUCAAUGACAUCAACAUCCCGCACACCCACGCUAGCGGCGGAGACAGGCAGUCGAUCCCGGCAUACGUGAGGCUUCCCCACGGAGCGUCUAAGAGUAACCCCAUCCCGGUCGUUGUUCUGAUGACCGGCCUCGAUGGCUACCGCCCCGACAACACCGUUCGAUCGGACGAGUUCCUGGCGCGAGGGUGGGGAAGCGUCAUCGUCGAGAUUCCCGGUACCGCCGACUGCCCUGCGGACUCGGCCGACCCGGAUAGCCCCGACCGAUUGUGGAGCAGCGUCCUCGACUGGAUCGCCGUCGACGGCCGGUUCAACACGGACCGGGUCAUGGUUUGGGGUCUUAGCUCGGGCGGGUAUUACGCCAUUCGUAUUGCGCACACUCACAAGGACCGCCUGAUCGGCUCAAUUGCUCAGGGUGCCGGGUGUCACCACUUCUUCGACCCCGAGUGGCUCGAGAAGGCUGAUGGCCACGAGUACCCUUUCCUGUUGACACCCGCCAUGGCCAUGAAGCACGGUUACAAGUCGGUGGAGGAAUACAAGACCGGCGUACAAAAGAAGUUCUCUCUGCUUGAGACGGGCAUCAUCGACAAGCCCUCGACCCGGCUGUUGCUAAUCAACGGUACUCUGGACGGAUUGAUGCCGAUUGAGGACUCGAUGAUGUUGUUCGAGUACGGCACGCCCAAGGAGGGUAGAUUCUUUUCGGGAGCUUUGCACAUGGGGUACCCAAUGGCGAAUGGAUCAGUCUAUCCUUGGAUGGAGAGCGUCAUGGCGAGCAAAGCUCAAAACUACUCCGCGCAGCGUUAG